AGAACUUUAGUGAAGUAGCAGCACCCUUAACUUUAACUGACUUAACAUCAGCCACGGUAAUAGUGAAACUGAAGCGUCACUUUGCUACCCAUGGUACACCGCGGAUUCUCAUAAGUGACAAUGGAGGUCAGUAUUCAGGUCAACAAUUAAAACAGUUCGCAUCAGAAUGGAACUUUGUUCACAUCAUGAGUAGUCCUGAACAUGCCCUAUCAAAUAGCCUUGCAGAGAAUGCGGUAAAGCAGGCAAAGAUGUUGUUAGAAAAGACACAAAGAGAUGGAUCAGAUAUCUAUCAAAAUCUUCUGAACUUACGCAAUGUGCCUUGA